AAAACCAGUAGUUGACGCUGUUUAUCGCUUGGGGGCGUCGUGUUCGUUAAAAAAAUGUUAGUAGGAAUCUGUCGAAAAUGAAGAAUUCGGUUUUGCUAAUAGUUAGAACUUUAGUUAUGUUGUAGGCGAAUAUUUUAUCAUGGUGUUUUAUUAGCUAGGUAGUGAAAUAUAUAAUUUCGAAGGGGCAGGCGGUGAAUCCGGUGCGUAAAGUCAUAAGACUUGUGUCAUCUGACUGCACUUCCUUUAAGAUGGCUCCUCCGCCGGAGUAUGAUAAGGAACCAAAAGCCCCGGAUAAAAGUGCGACUAAUAUUCCCAGUGAAGAUUCAAAAGCAUUGUACAAUCUAGUUAAUGAACAUCAAACCAAUUCGGACUCUAAAUCUACGAAUUCGUCUGCCAACGCCGAAGUGGAGAACAACAAACACGUGGAGACUCUAGACGACGGCCAGCUGCGCGCGCUGCUGGACGAGGCCAUCACCUACAAGUGCCCCAAGGACCGCGAGGGCAAGAGCAGCCUGUUCAAGGAGCUCCUCGAGGAAGUGGAGCAGGACGAACAGGACGAGCAGGCGUGCGCGGCGGCGGCGCGGCUCGGCGGCGGGCGCGCGCGGCGCGGCGGCGGGCGCGGGCGGCGCGCGCUGCCGCACUCCAACUCGCUACAGGACCUGGUGGCCGCGCUGGCCGCCGAGCCCGCGCCGCGCCGCGCGAGACACAGCCACCACCCGCCCGCGACCGUGUCCGCGAGAGCCAUACACGGCGGCAGUCUGCCCUCCGGCGUCGACACGUCGUUUCUUCUAAGCGAAGAGCCGAUGCGCGGCGCGGUGGCGAGCACAGUGGGCGGUGCGGAGUACGUGGCGACGGUGCGCUGCGUCAACCCCAGCCCGCUGGCCGAGCGCCGCGUGUCCGCCAGCGACGCGCACUGCCCCGACACCGACGCGCUCAACAGGCGUAGCAAGCCGGUGUUCCCGAUGUACACGGCGCGUGCGACGCUGGAGAUCGGCAGCGGCAGCGUGUGCUCGGGCCGCGCGGUCACCACCACCACCGCCUCCAACCAGGUGCGUACCCCCCCUCCCCACACACCAGGUAACACCCCCCGACCGCGCGGCCCGGAGCCGGCCCGCCGUGUCACGCCACUGACGGCCAGAGACCCCAGAGGGAGGAGCGCCCGCCCCCCGGACCCCGCGAGAGACAGAGACAGAAGCUUCUGGCACGACAAUGCGUGUGUCGACAAAUGGUAUCGAGGUCUCGAGGCUUACAAUGCACCGCUGGAUUGCCUGAGCGGCGCUAUGCUCGACAACAAAGACUUUUAUAAAAACGAGCAAAUCGACGAUUACCAUCAAAACUCGCCACAUCGAAGUCCUGUCAAAUUACCUAACAAUUCUAUCGUUACGUCGCGCCUUAUUUUAGUAUCUAAAGAUAAAUACAUUCCGGUAGCUAGUGAAAACCCUUAUGAAAAGAAACAUUAUUCGGAUAACCAUGACAUACCUAAAAUGUUAGAUGUAAAAGAUGUUGAGGAAGCUAUGGCUAGACAAGCAUAUCGUGAGCGUGUAGGAAAAGACUUAGUCGCGCCGUCUUUAGUAUCUUGUAAUCCUAAGAACGUUAGGAGUAUGUCGAUAGGCCCAUCUUUGCACGUUAAUAUCGAUAAAAAAUAUCAAAACCCAGGCACUAGUGACACCCGCGAUAAGAAUAAAGAUAAAUCUAAUCGUAAUACGCGUAAUAGAAAUGAACGCAAUGCGAAUGUCAAUGUCGUCACUGAUAAACCUGCACCGGCCAAGCCCGAUAGUAGUAAACCUGACAGACGAAGUGAAAUGAGUCAUAGUGGUAUUAGUAGUGCCGGGAAAACUAGGUCGCCUUCGCCUCGAACACGAAAAUCCGAAGUUAAUCGUAACUCAUCCAAACGAAAUAAUAUCGAGGAUAAAAGUAGCAAGGAUAACGACCAGGAAAAGCCUCGGAAGGAUAAAACGCAACUAGAAAAAGACCCAGUUAUUAUGAAAGAAAAUUCUCAAAAUAAUAUUGAACUAACUAAGAUAGAAAAGGCUGAAGAGAAAGAAAACCCUAUAAUAGAAAACGGUGAAGGGAAGGAACAUCCUACAAUAGAGGACAAUGAAACAGGAGCAAAACAAAUAACUCAAAAAAGCUUCUUUGAUUUUGUUAAAAUGGUGGCUGAUGAAGAAAAUCAGCGCAACGCUAACGAUGACAACAUAAGUUUCGUUGAAAUGAUUAUGACAAAAGACGAAUCUCGAACUGACGCAGAAAAUACUAAACCUGAAGUCAAAGACACAAACCUUGUUGAAAUGGUUUCAAUGGAAAGUUCUCCUGAAAUUGAAAACUCAAAUGAAUUUUCACUAUUCAUGGCGAAUCAACAGCGAUUACUUCGAGCUAUAGAAUCAAAUAACUCCCACGACGAGCAUAGCAACGAGACUUGUAUUCCCGAAACAGAAACUUCCAAAAACACUGAACGACCAGAAGACCAAGAGAUGCCUAAUGUUGAAACACCCACCGUAAAUCCAUUUAUACUCACAGUUGAAAGAGCGCUUAAUCCAGUCUCUGAAAUGGACUGCUUUGAUGAUAAGGACUCUGAAACUAGCGGCACAGAAAUGGUGGACAUGAGGCGGGCCAGGACAUCCGACUACGCGCAGGAACUGCCCGUCAACGCGUCCUAUUUCCUAACGCUUUACAAACGCUUACUCACAUCCUCCAGUAACAUAGAUAACACAGUAGAUAUUAAACCCAACGAGGCCAAGCCGCCGCUCGUCGCCCUCGACUCCACGGCCAAGCUGCCUAAGAAGAAAAAAGACAAAAUAACCGCCCGCCUCGCCAGAAAGCCGCACAACGAGAACUCGAACAAGAAGAAAGACAUCAUUAGAAACGCGCUUAAAAAGCUUUUUUUCGAUAACGUAACGCAAAGCGAUAGUGCAAAGCUGCCCAGCAAAGCUACCACAAAAGAGGUCGAUUCCGCUAUACCGUUUAGUUGCAUCACCAGUCCGGAGGUGGUGGCGAGCUGCACGACCACGGCGUCGGCGCAGGCGGCGGUGCCCGUCGACCCAAAGCCGGCGCGCAGCAUGGCGGCGUCCACGUUCAACGGCGCGCCGCUGCCGCGCGCCGGGCCGCACUUCACCACCGCCGCCGCCGAGCUGGAGUUUAAACAGAAAUCCUUGGACGAGAACGGCAACUCGGUACAGGGGUUCAGCUCGCCCCAAUCGGGCUCUAGUCAACAGAAGAAGCAGCGGAGAAAAAAGUCUUCCAAAAACGAGACCGUCAUCAAGUCGCACCACAUCGACGGGUACCAGGGCAACAAGGACCUGAACGAGGUGCUCCGGUUCAUAGAGUCCAACGAGCCCGAGCGUCCGAAACGACACGACGAUAAGAAGAAAAGGUCCGCGGAAAGGCGCAAGGAUAAACAGCCCCGGGCGUCGAGCCUCGACGACUUGUCCCGCGCCGCGCCGCCGCCCGCGCGGCCCGCGCAGCCCGCGCCCAAGCCCGAGCGCCGCUCCUGGGGCGACGAGCGCCAGCCCUUCUACUUCCGCGACCCCAACCCCGAGCCGGACCCCGAGCUGACCGACUUCCAGACGGUUACAAAGAAGCGCAAGCCGCGCCGCCGCGCCGACGAGCCGUCGCCGCGGCCGCCGCGCCCGUCGCCGCCGUCGCCGCGCGCGCGCUCGGACCGCUCCAACGACUCCAACGACGACCUGGACUCGGUGCACUCGCUGCCGGCGCUGCCGUGCCGGCCCGCGCCGCCGCCCGCCAGCUACGCGGACAUCGCGCGCACCAAGCACAACAUCCCGGACCUCAUCGAGAGCUGCAACUACUACGGCGAGGGCGCGCCCGACCCGCCCGCGCUGCCCGACCCCAAGCCGCAGCCGGGGGACGCCGAUGGCUAUCCGGCGCUGGACCCUCGGCCGCGGCUGCGCAAGCAAGGGGGCGGGGCCCGGGCGCGCAAGGAGCAGCGGCGCGAGGCGCCGGACGUGGUGGCGUCGCGGCCGCCCGUCAUCCUGCUGGACUCGGCCGCGCGGCCGCGGGACAUGGACGGCGUCACGUUCGGGUUCGACAUCGACGAGCGGCUGCUGGGCGCGCGCCGCUGCGACCUGCUCGCCUGCGAGCCCGUGCCCGUGCGAGCUGGCAACGCCGCGCUGCGCUACGUGCAGCCCGCGCCGCCCGCCGACCUCGCGCACCUGCACCAGAUCGUCGACUACGUGGGCACAGCAUGGGAGGACGUGGUGCGGUGCAGCAGCGGCAAGGUUCGCUACUUCAGCGAGUGAGCGCGCACUAGCGCCGACUAGUCGCUUAGUCAGAUCACUACAGAACUACUGGAACAGUCCCACGAGGACUCGUGUGCAGUGCAGUGCAGUGCAGUGCAGUGCAGUGACAGUGUAGUGGGGGUUGCAAACCCCAACCGCCCAGCGGCCCAGUCCAACUUCGAGCGUAUAUUAAGUGUUUUCGCUGUGAUUGUAAAGUGACUCUAUUUUCGCUUGUAAAUAAGAUGUCCACGAUCUAUUCUGAGCAUUUAUUGCAUUAAAU